CAAUCCGCCCGCCUCUCGUUCGGUGUCGGGGGUUCUCACGUCGUUCAGAGUGGCUUCGUCAGCCGCAAAGCAUCGCGGACCGACGGAGCCGCCGUGGCGUGGCUCUCUUCUUCGUCUCUGAUUUUACACGAGUUGCCCCAUCGAUCUUGUCUGCCAUCUAUCAACCCUCCACCCCAGUCGAGCCACGGUUCAGCAAGAUCGCCCGCCUUGUCUGGACCAGUCCCCUCAAGCCUAGCCACUC